AUGGGCAGUGACGGGCGCUCGCCCAAGGAGUGCUCGGCGCUGGCGGGCAGUGACGGGCGCUCGCCCAAGGAGUGCUCGGCGCUGGCGGGCAGUGACGGGCGCUCGCCCAAGGAGUGCUCGGCGCUGGCGGGCAGUGACGGGCGCUCGCCCAAGGAGUGCUCGGCGCUGGCGGGCAGUGACGGGCGCUCGCCCAAGGAGUGCUCGGCGCUGGCGGGCAGUGACGGGCGCUCGCCCAAGGAAUGCUCGGCGCUGGCGGGCAGUGACGGGCGCUCGCCCAAGGAGUGCUCGGCGCUGGCAGGCAGUGACAGGCCCUCGCCCAAGGAGUGCCCGGCGCUGGCAGGCAGUGACGGGCCCUCGCCCAAGGAGUGCUCGGCGCUGGCAUGA